AUGCGUUUCUCCACCCUCUCCACCCUCCUCAUCUCUGCCCUCGCCUUUGGCUUCGCUCAGGCUGCCCCGUCCCCCGUCCCCGCCUCUCUUGAGCGCCGCGGAGUAGCCACUGUCGAGGAGGCGACCAGCAAGGCCCCGAACGCCGACAUCGUCUACCCCGGCUAUGAUGCAAUUCUCGUCUUCAGCGGGGAGGGCUGCAGCGGUACCGAGGACAUCAUCGACAUCAGCGGGCUCGACCUCAAUGUGUGCUACGAGCCCGCCAUCGAGUACCUAUCCAUCAUGGCCUACAGCCCCAACGGCGGUACCUGGGACCUCACCAUCUUUGCUGCCCUCGCGAACUGCGCCGACCCAACGCAGCUCGCGAACCUGAAUGUGUGCUACAACGUAUUGUAUAAUGGAGCAAAUGCGUACUUCAGCACUAUCUACUUUGAGUCUUGA